AUGGCACCACGGAGCAGCCUCCACCUAGCCAUCUCACUCCUACUCUGCUUGCUCCUAGGCACUCCGAGUCAAGCUCGCAAGGUUACUAGAUCAAUGCCGCCUCCGCUGUACACUGGCGACUUCGGUGAUUGUCUGGCCGGCGAGAGCCUGGUCGCCCUGACCAGGUUCGAUGUCGCCUACGAUGCCGGCAACAAGACUCUUGCCUUCCACCUCGACGGCACUAGCAACGUCCAGAAUGAGUUUGUUAUGUUGCACCUAUCCAUCGACGGAUGUAAGGCUGAGUUACACUACCAUCCGAUACCAUCCCGAUUGCAGAACGGUGAGGUUGACGCUAACAUGCCCAGUCUCUGUCCCCUGAGCUCUGCCCCCAUAACAGCCAGCACGGUACUCCCGAUGGCUGCCCAGUCGAUAGGAGACCUAUCCCAAUUCCCCUUCAACCUCCCAGACUACGAGGGUUCAGCGAAGCUGCAGAUCUACACCAACCCCCCCAACAAAAACGAAAUCGGGUGCGUCCAAGCAGCCCUAACAAACGGCAGAACCCUCUCCCACCCCGACGUAAUCGCCCCCGUCCUCGGCGCUCUCACGCUAGUAGCCAUGCUCGCCUCCUUCCUGACGGCCGCGUACGGCAUCAGCGUACCGCACAUGCGGAUGCACCACGCCCACUCGCUCUCGGUGCUGGUCGUGUUCGAGACCCUGCAGACCGUCUUCUUCUCGGGGGCGCUGGCCGUCGACUGGCCGCCGGUGCUGGUCGCCUGGUGGUCCAACUUUGCCUGGUCUGCGGGUCUCAUCUACGCGCCGGCGAUGGUGCGGUGCAUCAACGCAUUCACGGGGGUGGCUGGCGGCGCGGCGGAGGUUGGAAGUGGAUUACCGUCGAGGACAUAUGCGAGAGCCUUGGCCGAAGAGAUAUCGGACGGGGCUGGCCAGGGGACGGCCUUUAACUCCAGCUUCUUCAGUGAUUACACGUGGUCUGGUAGUCCUGUGGCACCUGGCUUACCCCUGCCGGGCACUUGGACAGGUUUCCCUGCGAUCUUGUCAGCUAUCAACCUCCCUACUGCUGACCUAUUCAUGGUCGGGUUGAUCUGGUUUUUGAUAGCUAUCGGCUUGGUUGUCUUGGCCAUUACAGGCUUCAAGGGCUUGCUUGAGGCCCUGGUCUCUGCGAAAAGGAUCGAAGAGGACCGACUGGCUUACUUCCGAGGCCACUGGACUGGUUACCUGGGCCAUGCCCUGCAACGGACGCUCAUUAUCGCCUUCUUCGUUAUUAUGACGCUCUCGAUGUUGCAGUUUACCAUGCGGCAAGCCAUCGGACCUGUCGCCAUUGCCGCGGUAGCCUUUGUACUCGUCUUGUUCGGAAUCACUGCCCUGGGUGCGAUCGGUUACAAAACUCGCACUCGGGACAGCAAACUCGAAGUCAGUUCCGACCGGGUCGUUUGCUACCACAAGAAGAUGCUUGGAGGAAUCCCCGGUCUGGCACUCAUCUGGGACAGCAAAGUCAAGAGACAUAACCUAGAGGUUCGGCCGAUAUUUAUCAUCCCGUUUUUCCGAGUAGGUCAUGCCGAAGACCCUACCCAGCCUAGCGUUCACCAGGACAAAGCUUUCAUCUCAAAGUUCGGCUGGCUCACCGCAAGGUAUCGCCGCACGCGAUGGUGGUUUCUAGCAUACCACCUCGGGUACUUGUUCUGCCGCGCGGCGUUGCUGGGAGGCGGCUGGCAGAGUCCCCACGCGCAGAUCUACGGCGUGUUGGUGGUUGACAUCCUGAACUUUAUCGUUGCUGCCAGCCUGGCCCCAUUCGAGGGAGUUCGAAACACGGUUAUGGGGGUCUGGAUACUCAGCAUCUGCAAGAUCAUCACCACGGGAAUCUCCACUGCCUUCCUUCCCGAGUCCAACACCGACCGUUCACAAGCAGCCGCCUUCGGAAUCGCCAUCAUAGUGAUCCAGGCCCUGACCGUGGCCGCCUUGUUGAUAUUAAUCAUCCUCAGCGCGAUCUCCUCCUUCCUAUCCCUCAUGCGAAACCGCGAGGUCAUGGACCCGGACUGGCUGGAACCCGUCCGCGUGCGCUACUUCACCGACAUGGAGACGAAGGCGCGCGAGACUCUCUUCGACCACGACACGGAGUCUCCCGCACCCGCACCCGCACCCGCCCCAACACGGGGCUUUUCAGUCCUCUCCAUCCAGCGCCGCCCCAAAAUCGAGGACGAGGACGAAGAAACGGCCGCCGCCGCCCUCGAGCUCAACCCGACGACCCCCGACGACGACAGCUCCACCGAGAACCAGCUCCGCGCCCGCCGCAGCAGCCGCGGCAGCCACAGCCACAGCCGAGCCGGCAGCGUGAACCCGCGGCUGAGCACGGGGAGCCUGCCACGGGCGGCGCGGCCCUACCGCCAGUCAUGGUCGUCGCAGGACUUCAGGGGGCAGCAGCAGCGGCAGUCGUCGCUUGGGUGUGGGCGGCCGGACAGCGAGAUCCUCACGGACCGGCUCAGCGGCCUCACGUGUGUGGUGACGGACUGCGACGCGUCGUCGUCGUGGGGGGAUUUGGGUGGUGGUGGUGGCGGCGGCGGCGGCGGCAAGCCUCCGCGGAGUAGCAGGGGCAGCUUGGUUGCGCCGUCGUCGGUUAGCAGGUCGUCGAGUGUCUCCUCCGCCUCGUGGAGGCUGUCGAGGGAGAGUUUCUCCUCGCAUGGGGAUGGGAGGAGGCCGCCGACGGCAUUGCCUGAGGCGCCGGAGCCGCCGGAGUGAUAGAUCGGUUUUGUUGGUUGUUGGUUGUUGUUUGUGUUGAGGGUGUGGUGGGUUGCCUUGUCUUGCUUAGCUCCUGUUAGAUCCUGGGUAACUAAGUUGUUGUAAUGGGAUAAUUGGAUAAUUGGAUAUGUUUGUUCUUUUCUCCUCAGUUGGGUAAAAUGGCCGAGGUAUGCGAGGCAUGUCUCACUCUUUUGAGAGCCAACAUCCUCCAUGAACCCGGGUUCGAUAUCCGGAAAGGGGUUUCCCUCCCGCCGGUCGACGUGAGGAAGAACAUGGUUCCUCCGGAUCGGCACUAAACCUGGCCUGCGCCGUGCAUGUGGGCGUCCGUCCCUGCAUUCCCCCCUCGGGGCUCCAUUCCCCUCCACAAGCAGCCGUCCCACCCGCCUCAACUCCCGAAACCCCUCCCCUCC